GAGCAGUGUUGGUUAGUAGAAAAUCUUCUUUUCCUGGGGUGGGGGGAAGAGAAGAGAACCUCCACAGAUUAAAUCCAGUAUCCAGUACCGGGGCUUUAGAUGGUUGUACAGUACAUGGUUUAUUUUUAUUUUUUUUACAACGUCUUUCGUGUAAGAUACGUGAGAAUAGAUUGACAAAAGUGUUUUGUGUUACAUCUGAACAUUUCAGCACUGCCUCGCUUGGACAGCACCACUGUAGCUCUCCAUUCAGGGCUGAGCGUUCAGCUCUGUUACUGAGCAGCAGAUUCUUGGGGACCGCUGGGACAGCGACUCAUAUCCUCUUAUAGCAAGUCACUGCUAAAUAUCUCAGCAUUGGGACCUGUGGACAGCUUUACUGACAUCAUUUCCAUUCAUUCUCGACUAUGGACAGCUGGACCCUUCCUGGGUUGAACCUCUAGGACUACCAUGCAACCUCACAUAUCAAUCUCAAACAGCCCCUGAAUUGGUUACUCAGAUUCUUCCCUUCUAUAAGAUAAUGGGAUAACAAUCUAGAGCCAAAACAUGAUCACAGAGGAAUGCGAAGUGUAAAUGUAAAUCAAGCCCACUCGAGACUGCCCAUGAUCCAUUACCUUUGACAACAGUGGACCGAGCAAUUCUUCUAAUCCAGCAGACCUCAUGAAGAUAGAAGUGUGGAUGGACUUUGAAUGAAAACAGGUGAUAGAUACCAUUGCUGCGUGAUCAAGAAUAUAUGACAUGGAUGUACUACUGCUAUUGAGGACCGCAUGCAUUCUGGUGAUUCUAUGCUCAUGGAGCUGUUGGUCCAAACCCAAAGGCUCACCACAUAUGAACUCUGUGAGAAUAGAUGGGGACCUAAUUUUAGGAGGUCUUUUUCCUGUUCAUGGAAGGGGUAGUGAUGGCAGAGCUUGUGGCGAACUCAAGAAGGAGAAAGGAAUCCAUCGUCUAGAAGCAAUGCUUUAUGCACUUGAUCGAAUCAAUGCUGAUCCUGAUCUUCUACCCAACAUCACACUAGGUGCCAGAGUUUUGGACACUUGUUCUAGGGACACCCAUGCUCUGGAGCAGUCCUUGAGCUUUGUUCAACCACUUAUAGAUAAAGACAGGGCAGAUGUACGUUGCCUAAGUGGUGGUAAUCCAAUCAUUGCACAGCCUGAAAGGGUGGUGGGGGUAAUUGGGGCAUCUUCCAGCUCUGUCUCCAUCAUGGUGGCUAAUAUCCUGAGACUUUUUAAGAUUCCCCAAGUGAGUUAUGCCUCCACAGCACCAGAUCUCAGUGAUAAUAGCCGAUAUGACUUCUUCUCUCGCGUGGUUCCAUCUGAUACUUAUCAAGCUCAAGCGAUGGUAGAUAUUGUUAAAGCCUUGAAAUGGAGUUAUGUUUCAACACUGGCAUCAGAGGGAAGCUACGGUGAAAGUGGUGUGGAAGCAUUUAUCCAGAAAUCCAGAGAGGACGGCAGUGUAUGUGUAGCACAGUCAGUCAAGAUCCCUCGAGAACCAAAAGCAGGGGAAUAUGAUAAGAUCAUUCGCCGCCUGCUGGAGACAUCUAAUGCCCGGGCAGUCAUCAUCUUUGCCAGUGAAGACGAUAUUAGACGAGUACUUGCUGCAGCCAAGAGAGCAAACCAGACCGGGCAUUUUAUGUGGGUUGGCUCUGACAGCUGGGGUUCCAAGAUAUCACCAGUCCUGCAACAGGAAGAAGUUGCAGAAGGAGCCGUCACCAUUUUGCCAAGAAGGGCAUCUGUCAGAGGAUUUGAUCGAUACUUUACCAGUCGGACUUUAGAUAACAACAGAAGAAAUGUUUGGUUUGCUGAAUUCUGGGAGGACAAUUUCCACUGUAGGUUAAGUCGAAAUGCAUUACGUCGAGGAGGACAUGGAAAAAAGUGCACUAACCAGGAGCGUAUUGGCAUUGGAUCUGCAUAUGAACAAGAGGGGAAGGUUCAGUUUGUAAUAGAUGCAGUUUAUGCAAUGGCCCAUGCCCUUCACACAAUGCACAAAACAGUUUGUCCUGGAAGUGUUGGCCUCUGCAGCAGAAUGGACCCUGUUGAUGGCACAGAACUCCUAAAAUACAUCCGUAGUGUCAACUUUACUGGCAUUGCAGGGACACCUGUAACCUUUAAUGAGAAUGGUGAUGCUCCUGGUCGCUAUGAGAUCUAUCAAUACCAGAUCCGCAAUGGCAGUACUGAGUACAAGGUCAUUGGUCAAUGGGCUGAUCAUCUGCAGCUCAAGAUUGAUCAAAUGCACUGGCCAAGCUCUUCCCACUCUUCUAGUUCUUUCUCCUCCUCCUCCUCCUCCACACAUUUGCCCCAGAUCCCUACUUCUGUUUGCAGUCAGCCCUGCCGCCCAGGUGAACGUAAAAAGGUGGUUAAAGGUAUACAAUGUUGUUGGCACUGUGAAAAAUGCGAUGGUUACCAGUACCAGUAUGACAUCUACACCUGCAAAAGAUGUCCUAGUCACAUGCGACCCAACGUGAACCAUACCACAUGCAUCCCCAUCCCUGUCAUCAAGUUGGAGUGGAGUUCACCGUGGGCUGUAGUGCCCCUCCUUCUUGCUGUUCUGGGCAUCAUGGCAACUAUAGUAGUGGUUGGCACUUUCAUCAGAUACAAUGAUACCCCAAUUGUUAAAGCCUCAGGUCGUGAGCUGAGUUAUGUUCUCCUAACUGGUAUAUUCUUAUGUUAUGUCAACACCUUCAUCAUGGUGGCUCAACCAGGUUAUGGGACAUGUUCAUUGAGAAGGGUCUUCUUGGGACUUGGCAUGAGCAUCAGCUAUGCCGCUCUGCUUACUAAGACAAACCGCAUCUACCGUAUUUUUGAGCAGGGUAAACGAUCAGUAAGUGCACCUCGUUAUAUCAGUCCAUCUUCACAGUUAGUCAUUACUGCCAGUCUUUCAUCUGUUCAACUUCUGGGGGUCCUUAUAUGGUUUUUGGUCAAUCCAUCUGAGCCAGUGGUGGACUAUGAGAACCAACGCACACCUGAUCCCCAGCAAGCACGAGGAGUGCUAAAAUGUGACAUAUCAGACCUAUCCCUCAUCUGCCUUCUGGGCUACAGCAUGCUUCUCAUGGUUACCUGCACUGUUUAUGCUAUUAAAACGCGAGGUGUUCCGGAGACAUUCAAUGAAGCAAAGCCAAUUGGAUUUACAAUGUAUACAACUUGUAUUGUCUGGCUUGCUUUCAUUCCAAUUUUCUUUGGCACUGCUCAGUCUGCUGAAAAGAUGCAUAUCCAGACCACAACAUUGACAAUUUCAGUAAGUCUUAGUGCCUCAGUAUCCUUGGGGAUGCUCUAUAUGCCCAAGGUCUAUAUAAUUCUCUUCCACCCUGAACAGAAUGUCCCAAAGCGCAAGCGAAGUUUAAAGGCUGUUGUUACCGCAGCUACAAUGAGCAACAAGUUUACUCAAAAGGGAGGCUACAGACCCAAUGGAGAGGCCAAAACAGAGCUAUGUGACAGCAUGGAGACACAAGCUCUGGCCAGCAAACCAACAUAUGUCAGCUACAGUAACCACGCUAUAUAGGCAACAUUCUUUGAAACAGCCUUUGAGAAGUGGGAGGGGCCUAACUACUGAGUCAUGUCAGCUGCCGCUCCCUACAGAAAAUGGGACCAGUCAGGAAGACUAGUUAAUCCGCCCUGAGUCGGAGCAGCGUGUCUGGCACUGGCGGGAGAUUUAAAAGAUGGCUUAAAGUCACAAUCCUGGGCAGAAUAAAUUUGCCCCUCCCCUGUUGUUCAGGAUCAGGAGACUCAUGAUGCCACCUUCCUUUACUUCAAUUAAAAGCUUUUUCAACAUAUUUGUCGUUUAUUUUAUAAUUUUUCUGUUAAUAUUUUUAAGCUACAUUUAUUGUAUUUUAAGGAACAUUUUUUUCUACUACAGAAACCUCUAUUUUUCUGUUGUGUACAUGCUAAUUUCUAUUUAAUUUUAUUCCUCUUCAGCACUUUUCUACACAUCAAUUUAGUGCAUAUAAGAGGAAAAUUGCCUGUGUGUGGUUUGUUUCACUAUUGUUUCAUCAUUUCCUGUGUUGCACCAUAAUCUUUCUUUUCUUUCAGUUUAAAAAGAAGAAAAUCACUUUUUUUCUACAAAAUUUUAUAAAUAACUUAUUGUGAAGUUAAUUUUAAAACCCACCUUAUCUUGCU